AUGAGCUCAGAGGACCAGGAUUCCAGUUAUGGAAGCAGUUCAUCAACCUACCAGUCCUACCAAGCCAGGUCUUCCACCCUGGAUCUCAGGAGGUUCUUGACAAGACAAAACACUAACGUGUUACAAGAGAGACCGUUCAGCACAGUUACCACAAGCCUACAGGGCCACAGUAGAGACCUAGGGGUCCCCUGCCGCCACAGCAGAUCCAAUGGUCAAGACAGGAGCCAUGGUGUUGAGGCAGGUGUCCAAACUAAGAUCCCCGCCAUUCUGGCAGCGUCUCAAGGCAGCGGCUACCAAGCUAACAGCUCCAUACCUUCUCUUGUGCGGUGCCUUAUAAGAAGCCUCCCCGAAGGGCCGAGGACGAAAGGGUGGUCAGGCCUAGGGGUGCGGGGCCGGCUGUUGACAGCCCACCCCAGCAUCCUCUCGGCUACUGGGGAGGGGUGGUGUCAGACCCCUGGAUACUGGCAACAUUAUCCAAAGGUACAGGCUCCAAUUUUAACGGCGGCCCCCUCCCUUUUCAGUCGUCCGAAUGACCAAGGUCACAGACCCGAACCAAAGCCAGAGUUUACACAACAAAAUCUUCACCGUCCUCCAGAAGGGAGCAAUCACUAGAGUAAGCUCUAACGAACAGCAAACUGGAUUCUACUCAACAUAUUUUCUAGUCCCCAAGAAGGACGGGGGCUAUCAACCCAUCCUCGACCUCAGACGCUUGAAAUGUCGUCUGAAGGUCCUGCCUUUCAAGAUAUUACACACGACCCACAUCUUGCAGUCCAGAACCCCAGGAGAGUGGUUCACUUCUCUAGACCUCAAGGACGCCUACUUUCAUAUCCCGAUAUGGCCAGGUCACAGAAACUUCCUGUGAUUCGCAUUUUUAGGACAGGCCUACCAGUUCAAUGUCCUACCAUUUGGCCUUUCCCUGGCCAAAUGGUUCACACAUUGUGUCUCAGCAGCUCUGGCUCCUCUCCAAUUAGCAGGACUGAAGAUACUCCCCUACUUGGACGACUGUCUGAUCUGUGCUCCAUCUCACAGGCGUCUGAUAAUGGAGACAGAGAGGGUGAUGGCUCACAUCCAGCACUUGGGCUUAACAGUGAACUUGGAUAAGAGCAAUCUGAAGCCUAGAAAGCAGACAGCUUUCGUGGGUCUAUCUCUCAAUUCCCUAACUAUGACACCCCACAGAGAGUGGACAAGAUCCUGAACCUCCUCGACCGUUUCCACCUCGGUGAACAUCUUGAUGCUGCACUGUUUCAAAGCAUUUUAGGGAUGAUAGUGGUAGCAACGACCGUGGUUCUCCUAGGCCUCCUCAGAGCCUGACCCAUCCAGAGAUGGUUCAAUACAUUCCACCUUCACCCCAAAGCAGACAAACGGGUGAAGCUCAAAGUGACGAACACGUGCCUUCUAACCCUCCGUCCCUGGAGAGACAGGAUUCUCUUAACUCAGGGGGUUCCUCUGGGAAAUCUCCCUUCCAGGAGGACUGUAGUGAUGACAGACUCCUUCCGGACAGGCUGGGGGGCUGUCUGUGAAGGCAAGUAGGUGAGAUGGGUGUUGGCGCCCCCUUGGAGCUCAGAACACAUCAAUGUGUUGGAGCUCAAAGUUGUUCACCUCGCGCUCCCUUACAUUCUGGACAGACACGUGCUUGUGAGAACAGACAACACCUCCACAGUGUAUCACAUAAAUCACCAAGGGGGCACAAGGUCACUGCGUUGCCUUCAGGUGGGCUCUACCCCACUUGGCUUCCCUCAGGGCCAUCCAUGUGCCGGGCAUUGCAAACCGUGCUGCAGACCUCCACUCCAUGGUCCUCUUCCCGGGGAGUGGCGCCUCCACCCCCAGGUGGUGUCUCAGAUUUGGUCUCGAUUCGGGGAUGCCCAGGUGGACCUGUUUGCCUCACAAGAGACAACCCACUGCCAGAUGUGGUUUUCUCUGAGGGGUCUAGGGGGCACUCUUGGCUGGAUGCUCUGUCUCAAGAGUGGCCGGAAGGGUUGAUUUACGCUUUCCCCCCAUUUUCUCUGAUCUCAUCAGGUCAAGCACGGACACCACAGGGUCCUACUAGUAGCGCCGAGAUGGCCAGGCAGACCUUAGUUCUCUGAGCUCCUUCAGCUGGUGUGGGGAUCCCCCUGGCCCCCUUCAACCAGGUCAGACCUCCUGUCGCAGGUGGACAUCUUGAUUUGGCACCCCAACCCAGCUUCCCUUCAGCUCUGGGUAUGGUCAAUAACGAGUCCAUCUCUCAGGAGCUAGACGCAGCUGUUCAUGAGACUCUAAGAAAUGUGAGAGCCCCAUCCACCCGCUCACUUUAUGUUCUCAGAUGGAGCCUAUUCUCCUCUCUGUGUGACGCUAGACAGAUAGACCCAGUUACCUGUCCUGUACAUCUUCUCCUCCGAUUCCUCCAGUCCCAUCUGGACAUGGGCAAGACAGCCAGUACUAUCAAAGUGUAUGUGGCCUUCAUUUCAGCUUCUCAUGACAUGGUGGAUGGCCACAAGCUGGGCAGUCACCUCCUUGUGUCGCAGUUUCUGACGGGUGUCCGCCAGCUACACCCGGGCCGCGUUAAGCGUGCCCCUGCUUGGGGCAUUCCCCUGGUCCAGGGGGCCCUAGCUAGGCCUCCAUAUGAGCCAAUAGCUGUCUGACGAAAUCUCUCCUUAAAAACGACCUUUCUCCUGGCGCUCUGCUCCGCUAAGCGUGUGAGCGAGCUACAUGCCCUCUCUGUAAGUGUGGACUGUUUGAGAUGGAAGGCUGAGGACAUGUGCUCUCUCCUCAGCACAUUAACCAGGUGGUGGAGAUAGGAGCAUUCCGUUCUCUGCUUCCACUAUCUGGCAUAGAUGACAGCGUGAUGUCCCUCUACCAGGUCAUUGCGCUACGAGCAUACGUGUCCAAGAUGCAAUCUCUGAGAUGCACCCAACAACUGUUUGUGUGCUACGAUGGCAAAAAGCUUGGCCUGCCGCCCUCUAAACAGCGGCUCUCCCAUUGGCUGGUGGAUACCAUCUCCCAGGCCUACACAAGUCAGGGUCAACUAGCGACAGGAGGCAUGGUGGCCCAUUUCACCAGGAGCAUGGCCACAUCUUGGGCAGCCGUGAAAGGUUUUUCCUUGACUGGCAUUUAUGCGGCUGCCACAUGGCCCUCGCAAUUCACAUUUGCUAGGUAUUAGAGUAAACUUGGCAACCUCCGCUCCGCUGUGCUCCAUCAUUUUGCUCGCUGCUGCCCGGCAAAGUGUUGGGGAUGUAGAAUCCUCCAUUCCUCGCAAAACUCAUCCAAGGUAAGGAAUGUAACACUUAUCAGUGAUAGUCUGAGUGAGGUCAAAAUAGCUUGUAAGUGAUGUACAUAACUAUGGAUCUAUGAGACCGAAGGAUGACCGCCACUGUCCUUUGUCAAUCGGAACCUGUUACCAGCGUUCCAGGCAAAGAGGAUGAGGCGGACUUGACCUCUCCUUUUAUAGCUAAGAGGUAAGUCCCGCCUCUAGGUCAUAGGGCAUGACUUUUUGUAUAUACAUGAAUGGUCUUCGAUGACCGGCUGACUCAAGGCAUCACUCACAGUAAAGACCGUAAAACUUAUCAGUCACAGUCAUCCUUCGGUCUCAUAGAGCCGUAGUUAUGUACAUGACUUAUGUUUUUUCCCCCUCGCAUGCCACUAACACCCGCUCACACACACAGCAACAUAGUUACUGGUACUCUGUGGUCUGUGAUCAAUACACGAUGACUAGAUGAGUAUGUCUGUUUGAUACAGUCUGCUGGCCUUUUGCACACACACAACCCUCUUUCUCUAUCUAUCUAUCUCUCUCUCUCUCUCUCUCUCUCUCUCUCUCUCUCUCUCUCUCUCUCUCUCUCUCUCUCUCUCUCUCUCUCUCUCUCUCUCUCUCUCUCUCUCUCUCUCUCUCUCUCUCUCUCUCCUAUCCAUCCAAUUGAGUGUAAAUCCUGAAUGAGAGAUCACUAAAAGAAGAAUACUGUUUUGUGUUUGCUUUGUUUUUUCCAUAGAUGUUUUUGGUGAAGUGAAACGACUGUGUGGUGAUAGAAGCCCUAGAGGAUGGGAGUGUCAUACCAUCAAAGUCGCUCACACUAUGUGUCUCUUAGACAACAGUAGCUGCAGAAAUAAAGAAUAUUGGAUGCCAAACUUCAAUGAUCAGUUCUUAAUUUGUAACAAAUCUAUUAGCAUAAUUAUAUACCUAUAAGAUAAUUUUUCUGAGUCAGUCCAGUCAGGAGACUCUGUGACUCUGAACUGUAAAAUACACAGUUAAAGACCAUAGUCAUGACUGAAUGAGGCGUCAACAAAUAUGAUGCGGUCCAUUUCGACCAAUCACCUGUAACUCCAUUGUUGAAGUGUUGUCUACAUGGGUGGACUCUUUCCACUCAAGCCCCAAGUUGUGAAGAGCUGACAACUUUAAAGAUGAUCGCACUGUGUCUGAUAUUUCCACUUCUCGUAGAGAUGGGUAAGCCAAUCUUUUAUAUUUCACUGCUUAUGUGUUGUCCAAACUUGAUUUGGAGACACAAGUUAUCCCAUUAUUGUUUUACAGACACUUUGAGAAUCCAAAGUUGUAUUUGAGGUUUGUAACAGCAUAUUUUCAUGUUCUCUAGUUCAUGGGGUUGCUGGGACUGGAUCCUCAUCCAUACGUCAGGAGAGUGGUCUCAUAUCAGCCAAAAUUGGAGACACUGUGAUUUUGCGUUGCUUCUAUGAAGGCGACAUGGCCAUGCAUUUCUCCUGGUACAAGCAAACGUUUGGAGAUAAACUUCAGCUCUUCUCAACCGUCCAUUAUAAGUUUGACAGGAACGCAACAUUCUACAAUGAGUUUAAGGAUAACCAUCGCUUCUCAGUGGAAAACGGCCCAAAAAAGAAUCACCUAAGGAUCUCAGACAUGCAACUCUCUGAUUCCGACACUUACUACUGUGGAAAUGCUUAUACCAACAAGGUGGAGUUUGGAAAAGGAGCAAUUCUCAUUGUAAAAGGUACAGGAAAAGUUUUUGUUUUCUUUGUGUAAAUCUGAUUUUACAGAUAUACGGUGUAAAUAUGAGGUAUUAUCUUAAUCAGAUGAGAUCUUAAUUUAACAAAUGAUACGUUUGAAUACUCGCUACCGUGAAAGUCUAGAAAUUAAUAGGUUAGUUUACCUUUCUGUCAGGUUCAGGGUCCAGAAACAUGCCUAUACUCCAGCAAUCUGUGUCUGAGUCAGUCCAGCCAGCAGACUCUGUGACUCUGAACUGUACAAUACACACUGAGACAUGUGCAGGAGAACACAGUGUCUAUUGGUUCAGACAUGGCUCAGGAGAAUCCCAUCCAGGAAUCAUUUACACCCAUGGAGACAGGAGUGAUCAGUGUGAGAAGAGCCCUGAGAAUAGGUAUUUUACACAGAGCUGUGUCUAUAACCUCCCCAAGAGGAACCUCAGCCUCUCUGAUGCUGGGACUUACUACUGUGCUGUGGCCUCAUGUGGGGAGAUACUGUUUGGGAACGGGACCAAGCUGGACAUUCAAGGUAAUUCCCAUUUCCUCAGCUAUACAUUGCCACAAAGACAUGUUAAUGUAUGCCACUUAGCUCAAAAUUAUUGCUUUUGUUUCAACCAAUUCAUGCUCCUAUAACACAGUAGCCUUAGUUUUAGUAGGACUUAUAUUUUGCCGUAAUGUAUUUAGUCAAUAUUCAUUGUCUGUAGCAUGGGGACUUUUAUUUUGAAAUUGAUUAGCUUACUAGUAUCAUAUUGUACCUAAGCGGUCAUGAAUACAAUAUGAAUCUACUGAUACCCAUUCACAGUUCCAGAGCAUGAUUCUCCAUUUGAUCUAAGUCCUACUGUUCUUGCCUUGGUCGUGUCCAACAUCGUUCUGGGGAUAGUGACCCUUCUGCUUGUCUGGGCGCUUUACAAGACUCUGAACAGACAUCACAGAGGUAGGCCUUUUACUUUAUAUCAUGUCUAAUGUUUCAUGUAUCUCUAUAAAAUGUAAAUUCUGUAAACAUCAAUUUAAUAUCCAAUUUAUAAGCAUUGUCAAUUAACUACAUGAGGUUAAACAGAAAAAUAGAUUGUCUUAAAAAUAAUAAACGGCCUUACUCUAUUUCAAUCUCUGAAGGGAGGAGAGAUGGUCCAACAUCCCAGGGGAAUCAGGUAAAUUCAUAAACGUUCAUUAAUUUUUUCUCAGUUACACUAAAGUGUUUCUUUACAACUGUCAUUUAGGUUUCCUUACAGUUAGUAUUCAGCUUAUUUUUGCUUUUUAUGAGUUAUUAAGCUUUCUUGGAAGUAAUAGAUCACUGUACUAGAUGUAGCUCACUUUUCUUUGUGAUCGUUGUCACUUUUUCCAUGGAACAUCUCUCUGUCACUGUUCCACUGACUGUAAGGUCAUUUAGUGGGUGUACAGUGUGUUUGACAUGUCUUUUGUAAAGGAGAAAAUAAAAUAUAGUAUAGCAGUUCAUACUAUCAUCAUAAUGCAUUUUGCCAUCGCUCCACCUCUCACAGAAUCAAGACAGUGACGUGUUGAACUAUGCUGCUGUGAGUUUCACCCCCAAGAAGAACUCCUCUUCCUCCUCUAGAACAGCAAGAGAGAAGACCAGCAUAGAGGAUGUAGUGUACUCUGAGGUCAGAUACCUUCAGCAGGAGUGAGAGAUACAGUAUCACCACUGUCACAAAGACUCCAAGAAGAACCAUUUUACUCCUUGUAAUAAAACUACUGUUAGUAACUGAAAUUAAUGUAAUUUUGACAAUGUCAAUGUGUUAGAUUUAUAUGAUGAUCCUGUAAUGCAUAAAAUAUUCCAACCUUUUACUUCUGCUUUUAACUAAUAUACAUUCUCUGAUAAAGGAUCCCAUGUUUGCUGAAUGACUAUGUUUUUUUUAACAUAAUAAACUAUACUAUUUUAACCCUCCAUACAUCUCUAUUCUCUCUACAGUACAUCUCUGUUACCACAGAUACAAUAGGAUUAAAAGGAACAGCUCUUUAGCUGAAUGUGUGUCAGGCUCCAUCAGUCAGAAAUCCAUCACAUCAUUAGAAAAUACCUUUCUGACUCUGCAUACCUCAUAUAUACAGUACCAGUCAAAGGUUUGGACACACCUACCCAUUCCAGGUUUUUUUCUUAAUUUUUACUAUUUUCUACAUUGUAGAAUAAUAGUGAAGACAUCAAAACUAUGAAAUAACACAUAUGGAAUCAUGUAGUAACCAAAAAAGUGUUAAACAAUUCAAAAUGUAGCCACCCUUUGCCUUGAUGACAGCUUUGCACACUAUUGGCAUUCUCUCAACCAGCUUCACCUGGAAUGCUUUUCCAACAGUCUUGAAGGAGUUCCCACAUAUGCUGAGCACUUGUUGGCUGCUUUUCCUUCACUCUGCAGUCUAACUCAUCCCAAACCAUCGCAAUUGGGUUGAGGUCGGAGGAUUGUGGAGGCCAGGUCAUCAGAUGCAGCACUCCAUCACUCUCCUUCUUGGUCAAAUAGCCCUUACACAGCCUGGAGGUGCGUUUUGGGUCAUUGUCCUGUUGAAAAACAAAUGAUAGUCCCACUAAGCCCAAACCAGAUGGGAUGGCCUAUCGCUGCAGAAUGCUGUGGUAGCCAUGCUGGAUAAGUGUGCCUUGAAUUCUGAAUAAAUCACUGACAGUGUCACCAGCAAAGCACCCCCACACCAUCACACCUCCCCCUCCAUGCUUCACUGCGGGAACCACACAUGCAGAGAUCAUCCAUUCACCUACUCUGCGUCUCACAAAGACACGGCGGUUGGAACCAAUCAUCUCAAAUUUGGACUCAUCAGACCAAAGGACAGAUUUCCACCGGUCUAAUGUCCAUUGCUCGUGUUUCUUGGCACAAGCAAGUCUCUUCUUAUUAUUGGUAUCAUUUAGUAGUGGUUUCUUUGAAGCAAUUCAACCAUGAAGGCCUGAUUCACGCAGUCUCCUCUGAACAGUUGAUGUUGAGAUGUGUCUGUUACUUGAACUCUGUGAUGCAUUUAUUUGGGCUGCAAUUUCUGAGGCUGGUAACUCGAAUGAACUUAUCCUCUGCAGCAGAGGUAACUCUGGGUCUUCUUUUCCUCUGGCGGUCCUCAUGAGAGCCAGUUUCAUCAUAGCGCUUGAUGGUUUUUGCUACUUCACUUGAAAAAACUUUCAAAGUUCUUGAAAUGUUCCGUAUUGACUGACCUUCAUGUCUUAAAGUAUUGAUGGACUGUUGUUUCUCUUUGCUUAUUUGAGCUGUUCUUGCCAUAAUAUGGACUUGGUCAUUUACCAAAUAGGGCUAUCUUCUGUAUACCUUGUCACAACACAACUGAUUGGCUCAAACGCAUUAAGAAGGAAAGAAAUUCCACAAAUUAACUUUUAAGAAGGCACACCUGUUAAUUGAAAUGCAUUCCAGGUGACUACCUCAUGAAGCUGGUUGAGAGAAUGCCAAGAGUGUGCAAGGCUGUCAUCAAGGAAAAGGGUGGCUAUUUGAAGAAUCUCAAAUAUAAAAUAUAUUUUGAUUUGUUUAACAAUUCUCUGGUUACUACAUGAUAUGUGUUAUUUCAUAGUCCACAUAGCUUAUGGGCAUGAGCAUUGGGCCAGUACCGAAAGGUUGCUGGUUUGAAUCCCUGAGCCGACUAGGUGAAAAAUCGGUCAAUGUGCCCUUGAGCAAGACACUUAACCCUAAUUGCUUCUGUAAGUCGCUUUGGAUAACAGUGUCUUGUUCUAGCAAAUGACUAAAAUAUAAAUGUGAACGUAAGUCAUUGAGAACACAUUGUCUUUUACAAUAACCACCUGUGUAUGUAAAUGUAAUGUUUAUGUAAUUUUAUCAAAAGAGCAUAAGAGGUUUACCUUGAACGUUCAGCUUUGUCCCGUUCCCAAACAGUAUCUCCCCACAUGAGGCCACAGCACAGUAGUAAAUCCCAGCAUCAGAGAGGCUGAGGUUCCUCUUGGGGAGGUUGUAGACACAGCUCUGUGUAGGAGACCCAGCCUCAGGGCUGUUCUCACACUGAUCACUCCUGUCUCUAUGGGUGUAAAUGAUUCCUGGACGGGAUUCUCCUGAGCCAUGUCUGAACCAAUAGACACUGUGUUCUCCUGCACAGGUCUCAGUGUGUAUUGUACAGUUCAGAGUCACAGAGUCUCCUAGCUGGACUGAAUCAGACACAGACUGCUCUACAACUGUCUUGCUGUUGGAGCCUGAAUCUGAAAAGAGGGUUUAAAUAUGAUAUUAAACUUCCCCGUAGCAAGUGUUCUUACUCAAUGAGAGAAUCAUCUGAAUGUGAGAAUACCUGACAUUAAGACCCUUUUCCAAAAAGUAACAUUGUAAAAAUCCUAAAAUGUUUUUUCUUAGGCUAACUCAUCACCACUCUUUAUCUACAAAUUCAGACUUUCUCUGAAAAUAUUUAAGGAAUAUUGAAAAAAAAAUCUCAGUAGUGUAGCUUUUACAUCAAGUAUGUUUCAAAUUCCAACACAUUUGAGUGAGUGCUCCCACAGUAGUAUGUGGCUGAAUCCGAGCUUUUCAUGUCUGAGAUACUGAGAUGAUUUAUUCCUUGGCCGCUUUGCACUGAAAAGUGAUGGUUACCCUUCAACUCAUGGUAUAAUGUAGGACUCUUGUCAUACUUAUAGAUGUUUGAGAUGAGCUGAGGAUUUUCUCCCAAGGGUUGCUUGUACCAGGAGAAAUGUAUGGCCACGUCGCCUUCCUGUCAGGCUGUUUCACCGCCUUGGCAACCGCAGGGCUCUCCAGAGGGUGGUGCGGUCAGUCCAACGCAUCACCGGGAGCACACUGCCUGCCCUUCAGGACAUCUACAGCACCCGGUGUCACAGGAAGGCCAAGAAGAUCAUCAAGGACCUCAGCCACCCAAGCCACAGCCUGUUCACCCCGCUAUCAUCCAGAAGGCGAGGUCAGUACAGGUGCAUUAAAGCUGGGACCGAGAGACUGAAAAACAGCUUCUAUCUCAAGGCCAUAUGACUGUUAAAUAGCCAUCACUAGCCGGCCUCCACCCAGUACCCUGCCCUGAACUUAGUCACUGUCACUAGCUGGUUAUCACCCGGUUACUCAUCCCUGCACCUUAGAGGCUGCUGCCCUAUGUACAUAGACAUGGAAUACUGGUGACUUUAAUAAUGUUUACAUACUGUAUUCUAGUCAAGGCCAUCCUACUCAACUAUUGCUGUACAUUCUAUUCUAUUCACGUAUUCUUCAGAUAUACUACAUAUUCUAUCCAAAUACUGUCCAUAAUGUCUAUAUAUAUUUAUACUCCGGACUCCGACAUUGCUCGUCCUAAUAUUUAUAUAUUUCUUAAUUCCAUUCUUUACUUUUAGAUUUGUGUGUAUUGUUGUGUAUUGUUAGAUAUUACUGCACUGUUGGAGGAACACAUGGUAGGAACACAAGCAUUUCGCUACACCCACAAUAACAUCUGCUAAAUAUGUGUAUGCGACCAAUCACAUUUGAUUUGAUUUGAUUUGAUUUAGAAGCGCUGUAAAGUCACUGUGUCCCCAACGUUGGAAGACAUGAGACCACACUCCUGUUGUAUGGCCGAGGGCUCAGUCCCAGCUCCUGCAUGAACUAGACAUUUGAAACCCCACCUCUUUAAGGAAUACCUGGGAUAGGAUAAAGUAAUACUUCCGCCAUUCUCGAAGGUGGACAGGUCACUGCGCUAUAGCGAGCAGUAGUUUUCCCACAGUCUAAGCUAGCUAGUUUUUGUUGUAGGCUAGUGGCUGCUUUAGCAGGUGUUAUUGAAGAAGAUGUUGAUGCUAAUUUGUUAGCUUUUUAAGAAUAUUCAAAGAUAAAUACACAACGCAGGGAAUUAACGAUCAAUGGAAAUAGUUGUUUUUCUGUAAUGGGGAACUGACGAUUAAUGGGUCAGGGACAAGGGUUGUUUUUCAGUUCAACAUCUGUUUAGAAUCAGUGUAGGCGUUCCAGUCCGGGACUCAUAGCUACAUAUGGCAAGUUCUCAUUGGUCCCAAAUUGUCUAUACAUUGAGCCUGAAAUGGGAUACUUGGUAUUUGGCCAUUGGCCAAAUUCUAUUGCAAGUAAUUUUAAUUGGUCAACCACAGGCUUGGGAAUAAACUACACCCUGUCUCUUUGUUCAGUGGAGAAAACACUGAGGACAGGGAAUAAUAAACAUCUACUUUACAGCAUAACAACUAUGAUUUGUUCUCUUUGAAUAAAUAUAUUUUUCUGCCCCUGAUUUGCUUUGGGGUCUGUGUCAUUGAAGAAUAACAUCAACUGCUAACAGCAUUCUUCCUUUUCAAGAUUAAUUUGGAACAAGAUGUUGUUUCAAAUGAUCAUCAUCUGGUGAGUGGAACUGUUUUUUUCAUUGCAGCUUGUUAGCUAUCUCUUUGAAAAUAAUGUGUUGUGUGUGAAACAUUGUUGCAUUUAAACUUUAGAUCACUGGUUAGUGUGUGUGCUUAAUAUAACAAUGUUUGCAAUGGGAAGUAAUAGUUGCACAUUUCGAUUGGGAAAUGCUUAGCCUAAUGGUUGUGUUUUUGUGUUCUUAUGAUUGGAACCUACUGGCUUAUUAUGUCCUAGUGAAUGGGCUGCUUAUUCUUUAACAUCAUGCUGUGUGUGACAGCUGUCUUUCUAUCAGCCUAUGUGUUUUACAAAAAGUGUCCUCUCCUACAUGGAGUGAGAUGGUAGGUAUUACAGUCGCUGUCCUUUCAGCAUCACGAACCUGUCAAACUUACAUCCUUUGUGUCACUGUUGUCACUUUUGGUGUUAGUGUGAUAGUGAUUUAGAUUUAGAUUUUGAAUAUUUACUGUCAUCCAGACCCUUUUCAAAGGUUAUUACUUUAAAAUGGACUAAAUAUGUUUGACCAACUAGUCUGUUGAAAUAUAUUUGAUCAAUUCGGAGCAUUAAAAAGUCUGGGAAUCAUGAUGAUAAAGUACAGUCUAUAAUUAAAAUAUCUUAUCAUUCUCUUUAUCAAACCAAAUGCUAGUGUGGAACAUCAAUUGUUGGUGAUAAGAUUGUUUUAUCUGUGGUCAUUGUAUACAUCAAUGGUUGUCAUUCCAUGUCCCGCCCAUAAUAACAAAUUACUUUCAUUUCUCUUAUUUGAAGAUUCAGUCCUUCCUUCAUGGUCUGGCAGUGUAGAUCUAAAUACAGAAUGGAACACAUAUAUGUACCAGCUCUCGUCCUCUACGGAUUCUGUAAGUUUCUGUAUCUUCAGUUCAGAUUUUGUGAUUCAUCAAUAGAUUUGGUCUCUCACAUAGUUGUGACUGUGUUUAGGUGUGUAUAUCAUGUGCAUGAAGAAUACGUUUUAUUCACAACUCUUUCUUAACUGUUGUUCUCUUUCAGAUCUGACCUAUAUUGUGUCUGUCUCUACACCACCCUUAAAGGUGGUCCAUUCAGGGGAAAAUGUCACCCUGCAGUGCAUCAAUGUCCUUAAAAACCCGGGACAUGUUGGUUGGUUCAAGCAAGUCAACGGCUCAGAGCCCCUGUGCAUCACGUCUAUGUGGAGCUCUCUGCCAACUGUUCAUCAUCAAAAUUGA